AUGGCAAAGGCUAAUGUCGAGAAGGUGAAGCGGCUAAGAGCUUGGGUUCAAAACUACGAUUGGGGAAGAUGUGGGACGGAGGCACAGGUGGCGAGGCUUUUGGCUUUGAAUUCUGGGUCUGAGAUUAAGCCUGAAAGGCCAUAUGCUGAGUUUUGGAUGGGAACCCAUGACUCAGGGCCAAGUUUUAUGGCUGAUGGCAAUGGAGAAGGUAGGAAUUUGGGUUUAAAAGAUUGGAUUUUGAAGAAUUCGAAUAUGCUUGGUCACAAGGUUUUGAAAAAAUGGGGGUCUGAUCUUUCUUUUCUGUUCAAGUAUAAACAAGAGUAUCUUUCAAGAAACAGAUGUUGCAGCAUCGUACAAAGAAAUACGCCGACGAGAUCCGUAUGGUCAUUCUCUUUGUCAGAAUUUGUGGCAGAAGUUCAAGAAGCAAUUAGACCGGUUCUUAAUGCAUAUAUAAAAGGAGAUGUUGAAACUUUGAAGAAGUAUUGUAGUCCUGAAGUUAUUGAUAGGUGCAAAGCUGAACAUACUGCUUAUCAGAGCCAUGGUAUAUUUUUCGAUAACAAGAUUCUACAUAUAUCUGACGUAGAAGUUAGAGAGACCAAAAUGAUGGGGACAUCCCCCAUUAUCAUAGUGGCAUUUCAAACACAACAGAUCCACUGCAUACGAGAUAGAUAGGGUAAAAUAAC